CGCUCUCCUCAUCCAUCCACGCUUCAUUUUCUCCCUGCUGGAUGGUGCGUUAGGAACGCACGCAGGACGGCACCGGGGCUUCCCUUCUGUCUGACUGAUGGAGACGGGCUGAGGAGGGACCAGGUCCGACCGGCGGAGUCCACCACCUCGGGGAUCCUGAUCCUGGACGGACUGGGCUUCUGUAAAAGCGGAGGGCGAGGACGAGAGGGGCUGACACGAGAGAGGCGCAGACCUUGUUACAUCAUCUGAUGCUGUCGGUCUCCAGCUUUAACCCCGGAUCUCGGCCCUAAAGCCCCGCUCCUGUCUGGCCAGGGCUGAGACGUGACGCUGCGGUGUCAGAGAUCCUCCAUCAUCCGACGGCCUCCUGCGUCUCUCCAGGACGUGUUUCAGGGAUUGCAUUUAACAUGCAUGCUCCCAAGAGAGUUUAGCUUGCCGAGUCAAGAGGAGUGCUAAGUUUAAACUUGAGAUGAGUUCAGCAGUAGCCGAGCGCCGCAGGCCCACGCCGGCCCAGACGCCCGAGGAGAGGGAUGUGUGGAGGGACGGAGGAAGAGCUGGAUGGAGGGAUGUGGGGAGGGAGGGCUGGAAAGAGGGAAGAGAGGGCGGCGUGGUGCAGAGCUACAGCUUUGACUCGUACCAGCUGGAGGAGGAGGAGAUCGGCAAAGAUGCCCCAGAGCGAGGAGUGCUGGCUCUGUCCGAGCCCGACUUUGAGGAGCCGAUCCCUGACGACCGUUACCAUGGCAUCUACUUUGCAAUGCUACUGGCUGGAGUGGGCUUCCUGCUUCCCUAUAACAGCUUCAUCACUGAUGUGGACUACCUGCACCACAAGUUUGAAGGGACGUCCAUAGUGUUUGACAUGAGCCUGACGUACAUCCUGGUGGCUCUGUUGGCCGUCAUCCUCAACAACGUGCUGGUGGAGAGACUCAGCAUGCACACCAGGAUCACUGUGGGGUACAUCUUAGCUUUGGGGCCACUGGUGUUUGUCAGUGUGUUUGACGUCUGGCUGGAAAAGUUCACCACUGCACAGGCUUACAUCAUCAACCUCGUGUCAGUGGGAGUGGUGGCCUUCGGGUGUACAGUGCAGCAGUCCAGUUUCUAUGGUUACAUGGGGAUGCUGCCCAAGAGGUACACACAGGGGGUGAUGACUGGAGAGAGUACAGCCGGGGUCAUCAUCUCUCUGUCUCGCAUAUUCACCAAGCUGCUGAUCACCGACGAGACGAAAAACACGCUCAUCUUCUUCCUCGUCUCCAUCAGCAUGGAGCUGCUCUGCUUCCUGCUUCACCUGCUGGUCCGCCGCUCCCGAUUUGUUCGCUACUACACCAACCUUACCCAGGGCAAAGGUCCGGGCAAAGGUCACGACCCGCGUGACAAUGGGACUGGAUACAGGGUUCACCAUGACGUCACCGCAGAGGACGUAAGAUUUGGAAAUACAGGACCGCCCGCUACUGAAGAAGGCACUGAAGACUUUGUGGGGGGCACCUAUGUGCGAUUUGAUACCCCAAAAGCCAAGUUAAGGAGGAGCUGGCCAGGAGUCCGCGACAUGAUCCUGCAUCGUUACGUGGUGUCCCGUGUGAUCUGGGCUUACAUGCUGUCGAUCGCAGUGACCUACAGCAUCACUCUGUGUCUGUUCCCUGGGCUGGAGUCGGAGAUACGCAACCCCACAUUAGGAGAAUGGCUCCCCAUCCUCAUCAUGGCCACCUUCAACAUGUCAGAUUUUGUUGGCAAGAUCCUGGCAGCGCUGCCGUACGACUGGUCUGGAAGCCGCCUGCUCUUCUUCUCCUGCCUCAGGGUGGUCUUCAUCCCCCUGUUCGUCAUGUGUGUGUACCCGGCCGGUGCACCGACCCUGUCCCAUCCCGCCUGGCCCUGCCUCUUCUCCCUCCUCAUGGGAGUUACCAAUGGCUACUUUGGAUCCGUGCCGAUGAUCCAAGCUGCUGGCAAAGUGCCGCCGGAACAGAGGGAGCUGGCAGGAAACACCAUGACAGUGUCCUAUAUGACAGGCUUGAUGCUGGGCUCCGCUGUGGCCUACGCAGCCUACAGCUUCACAGCUCCAGCUGCAGGAGCAACAGGAGCACCCUUCUCCAUGCCCAACAUGCACACACCUGCCAAUGCUACAGGUUACUGAAUGUCCACACACACAAUAACACACACGUGUACAAAGACAUGAAUGUAAAGAUUCAUAAAUGCACACACACCCAAAGCCAUUCACACAAGCAAAAUCCUGGAAGGAGAAGUAGCCAGGUUAAUGGACUCAAGUCCAGCUGCAGAGGAUGAGCAAACAUCUGGAAACAACCUUAAAGGUUUCUGAUUAUCCUCUGUCAGAUUGUCCUUUGUCAAAGUUAUGCUUCAGUUCUGCUCAUUAAUAAAAGAAGCUGGAAAAGGUAAAAAAAAAAAGUGAGGAAAUCAUGUGAAACUGUUUUUAAAAAGCGUGGCAGAUUUCUCUACGCAGCUCUGCUGUGACAAACACUUCACUGGAGGUGAAGAGCAGGAGCCGUGCACCUGUUAGCCGACCGGCACAGGCCCUUUGAGUGUCUGACAGCGAAAUUACCAUCUGCAUGUGUGUGCCAACACAUCAGCUGACAAUUGUGCAGUAAAACGUCAAGCGAUAUUCCACUGCAGGGAGCGAGACUUUGUGUCUUAGGUCACAUAUGUUACAUUUCAUGAUUUUUCAGAUCUGUUGUUGUCCAACACAGAGACCUGACGUCUGAGUGGAUUUGGACCAGUUGUUUCAACAACUAUGGCACUGUGUUUUACUUGCAUUCCCAACACCCAAGGCUCAUGGGUAUUGUAGGAUAUCAAUCCAUCCAACAUGCCAAAACACUAAACAAAACAUUAUGUCUCAAAAAAGUCUAAAUUAUUCAAAUUGACAUGACAUAAACCUAACUCUCAUUUGAUAAUAAAAUAAUUUAACACAUUUGAUGAAUUUUUGUAUGAAUAAUCAAAAACAUCGUGAGGCCACUGUGACUUGAUCGACACCCGGUGGCUAGUUGCAGUAUGGGUCAUAAACCCCGCCCCCUCCAUGUUAGCAAAUGGGACAUGAGUCAGAAUAGAACUCAGAGUACAAAUCAAAUAAUUUUUUCCCAGAGGUGAUUUCUGUCUGUUUCAAAGAUAUUAUGCACUGAGGUGUGUACAACUGGUCAUUUUUUUACCAGUUUAUUUUUUAAAUAAGUUAUUUAAUUAUAUAAAAAGUGGGUAUUAUUUCAGAUGAUUUGACAGCUUUGAUUGGCGAUCUGAUAUGUCACUCAACUACUCGGUCGCUACUGUGCAGAAUCUGGUUACAAAAUACCAAGACGCCAGCCGCCGUAAUUACAAUAUUUUGGCUUCCUAUUUGCAAAGUGGAGGAAAGUGGCAACACUUCGUCCAUCUUCUACAUAAUGUCUAUGAUAUCAGCUGUUAACGACGGAUGUCUGAACCGACAACACUGCUUUAAAACUUGUAAAAUAUAUUUUUCCUUUAAUGGCAUGGAUGUGUGAUGUAGGAUACUGCAGAAACUUGACUUCCUUUGAAUUGGUAAGUUUGAGUUCAGUGCUUCUUUAUAGGCCAACAAACAAAACAUUCUUCCAGUUCAUCUGUUUUUAGCAGCAGAUUUCUGUUUGUUCAGUGAUGUUCUCAUGAUUCCUUGCACUGCCUCACAACUGAAAAAAAGAAACAAUCUGUAUGAAUUUACCAGGUGAGGCAGGUGAGUUUUCCUGCCCCCUCCAUGCUUGUGUCUGUGUUUAAUGUCUGUGUACUGAUGUGGAAUAUCAUUAGGUAACAAACCGGUGCCAAAUUUUUCCGCCGGUUUCUGACCGGUGGUAGUAGCUGAGAAGCGAGCGAAUAUAAACUUGUAAAUAUAGAGAAUUAACUGCACUCAAGGCAGUGAAGAGCUUUUAUUUUAUCCAUGUGAAAGGCUCUCGAAAGUAUGAGAUUCAUAUUUUUGGAACUUUAUUUGGUGGAAUGGAUGCGGACAGCACCUGUUUCCCUUUAGUUUCUAACACAGAUGCUGAGCCCACCCCAGCUUCUAACUCCCUCCACUGUUUACUUUUUUAGCGAUAAGAGCUCAGCAUUUAUACAUUAUGAAGAAACAGGCCUCAGUGUAGAAAGGCAUGAAGCACACCACAUCAUGUAGGUGACGGCUUGAACGCUGGCGCUGUUCGCAGCAUUGUAGGGUCCCGUUCUGGAGCUGACCUCAUUACUGUAGGCCCCACUGUGCUGAUGGUGCCAUACUGCCUGAGGCCUAUGUGCUCUCACUGGGCUGCUGGGUUUUUAGUUAUUUUUGGUCAGAUGUGUCAUUAAAGGAUAUGAAAAGUCUCUUUCUUUGACUUUCCUACUCUCUCUGGAUGAAACUACAGGGUCAUUUUGAGAGAAGUGAGAUCCUACUUUCCAAAGUUCCCAAGUUACCUUCUCAGAUUAGUUUAACAUUCUGAGUAACAUUUGCUUUCUUGUUCAGAGUCAGAAGAGAAGAUAUCCACGCUCCUGUGUGUAUGAUAAAUAUGAAGCUAUUAGCCAGUUAGCCUAGCUUAGCAUAAAGACUGGAAGCAGGUCGGCUGUAGAUACAAACACAGAGAUGAUUCAUCCACCUUGUAUGUGUCUCUGUAGAAGGGUUCAGUUCAACCAGUAGUAUAAAGUUAAUAAAGUUGUAUUAAUAAAUAAAAUAAAUGUUGAUUUUUUUUUAUUUUACUUUUACAAUCAUGAUUUCAAAUUAAAAUGGAAAUAUGAAAAAUAAGUAAAUACAUAACUGUGAAGCUUGAGAAAAAAAUGUCUUAAACUUUUAAACUGAACCUUUGUUGUAAACAAAAUGUUUUGCUAUGAAAAUCCGCAUUCUUAAUUUAUUCAAGUAAAUACAUUUCUGGCAUUUCUGGUUGUAAAUUCAGUGAGUUAGGAUGCCUUCAAUUGUGGACAGAUCUCUUGCCUUUAUCCAGUUGUGCUACUUCCUCCUACCAACAGGGCGGCCACAGUGAACAGCUGUGGCUCGUGGGGUGUUACAAAGCACAGCACGCUUUAGCCAUUUCCCUAAGCUAAGCUAACUGGUUGCUAGCCGUAGCUUAUUAUUUAUCGUACACAUAUGAGAACGGUAUCAAUCUUCUCAUCCAACUCUCAGCUAGAAAGUGAAUAAACUUAACUCUCAAAAGUAUUUCUUUAAAAUACUGCGUCAUUUUACUGUCUUCAAGACAGUCUUAUAACACAACGAGUAAUAUAUUCUGAAGAUGUUCUUGAAUUUGACCACAAUCAAAUUUUGAUCCGUUUAAAACUGCCAAUUUCACGUCUUAUUAAUGGCUCUGGAUGUUUCCUUCCACUGUUCAUGAAUCAUUUAUCUUUUCUGAACAUAUCAGCUGGACACUGUUAUCCAGGGCAACUUAUGAGUUUAAGAGCAGAGUAAGCACCACUAUAUUACAGACCUGAGCAGAGCCACAAUGCUCUCACAAAAUCACUAUGACAGAAGUGCGAGCGCAUGCAACCAAAGGCGGACGUUAGACAGCAGGUAGAGAGAGUUGUAGAGCACACAGGAAAGAUCUGGCUUCUGAUGGAACACAGAGAGCGACUCUGCAGAUUGGAGGUUAUUUCCCCGCUGGGAAAUGAUGUUCGCAGUCCAGCUGCAUGCAAACGCAGGCUUUAAAGAAAUCUCUUAAUUCUGCUUUUUAUCUCAUCGUCAAGGUCGGAUGUUUGUCAGCUUGCCAUGUGACUUCCUCUUUGUUGUUGUUUUUAAAUCAGUCCCAGUGUGUGAUAGCACUGACUAUUUUAGACUGAACACUGUGAAAUGCCAGGAUGGUGUGAAAAGAACGAGACUUCAUACAAAUACUAUGCUGUGUACUGUAGAUCCACUGUAACAACAGAUAGUCUGCAGAUGAUAUCUGAGAGUCCAAAUUAAGAAUCAGGUGCAGUGAGUGAAAUCUGGCCUUUGUGCUGGCACUAUUACUACAUGACGGUUGAGCGGCUGAUCUGACUUUGACACAAAGUCCAUAUGAGUAACUGCAGAAUUCAACAGACAGACUCAGUUUAGCUCAUCGCCCUGACUCUUCUGACUGCGCCUGGUUUCUGGAAGGUAAAUGUUAGAUUCCAAAGCUCAGAGUGUGCAGAGGUAGCUGGUUUGAGUUAGGGUCACGUAUCAUAACUACACAACUGGUUAGGGUUCAAUUCAGAGUUAAAUAAGGGGGAACACAUAUCUAUAGGGAAUUAGACUUUACUUCCCCCAGAAUCUACUCCUGAGUCUUGGUAUCUAAUGUAAACCCUCUCAGAAGUGGGAGGGAAAUUAUCCAAUGAGGUGAACCAGCAAUCAGCUUGGGUCACAGAGGAAACCUCUCAUUCUCAAUAUCAAAAAAAUCCAGAAGGUUGUUUAAAAUCACUUCUUCUAACAAUCAGCAUGAAAAAUAUUUUUUGUCCUACAGGUUAAAUAUGAUUUUUAACCAUUCUCCCAAGUGGUGACUCUGUUUCUUGUCCAGGUAGUUGACAGGCUGCUGUCUUUGUUGUGGUUCAGAAACAGAUUUGUAGCUUGUGUGAGUUAAAAAUAGUUCUUUUUUUCCCCCCAUUCACUGAACUCAGUUUUUUUCUUUGUGGAUUCAGCUGAUAACUUCAGAACAUCAUUAUGUGUUUUUAAAUAACCUUCUGGGUUUUUCUCAGUGAAUCGAAUGUAUGCUAAUACCUGAGGGGCACGAGCUGGGGCUAGACAUGAGCCAGGGUCGAAUGCACAUAGUGGCAAUUCAACUCUCGAGUUGAAAAUAUCAAAUUAUAUGACUAAUAUCACCCUCCAAAACUUGUUAAAUUGUGAGUAAAAUUGCCAAAUUCCUUGCAGUUCAGUUUUGUUUUAUUGUAAAUAUGCUUUAUUUCACUGGUGCUGUGCACACCAGACCUGCAUUUUAGUGCAUCAGUGGAGUGGAUUUCAGUUACUGAUUCUGGCUCCAACUGUCCCAUCAUUGUACA